GAGUAAUCAGUCAAUUUAGUCCCUAAACUAUCACUCUCUCACCAACUCAGUCCCUAAACUAUUAAAACCAACUAAAAGGUCCCUAAACUAUUUUUCAUCCAUCAAUUAGGUCCCUAAACUAUUUUCCAUCCAUCAAUUUAGUCCUCCGUUAUCUUUUCCGUUAACUAUUCUUUAAAACCCUAAAAUCCAAAAGCUACUUUUACGCUUAUAUCUCUCUUCUCGAUCAACUCUCUCAAAUCAUCUCAAUCUGAAAACCCUAGCGCCACCUAUACGCUCCAAUUCCGGUUGUCAUCGUUGUUUUAAGAUGGCUGAAAGUGAUGAUGAUACAAGUGAUGGAGGAAGGUUCUCUUAUCACUCAGAAGAACUUAGAGGGCCUAUUAGUUCAUCUGAUGAAGAGAAUAAAUCAGUGAGAGUUAUAUAUCCACAAUUCAAUGCUGAAGCUCAAUUUGGGGAAGUUAGGUUGGCUGUAGAGAUGGAGUUUGCAACUUUGGCUGAAUUUAAAAAAGCUGUGAAAGACUAUACCAUCCAUAUUGGAAGACAAAUCAAAUGGAUAAAGAAUGACAAGGUAAGAGAAAGAGCAAAAAGUGUUUUUGAGCAUUGCAAAUGGGAGAUACUUUGUUCGCGUAGUAGUAUAACAAAUAGCUUUCAAAUCAAGACUUUUGAAAAUACAACUCACUCAUGCCCAGGAACAUUCACGAAUAGUCAUGCUGAUAGAAAGUGGGUUAUUGAGAAGUUGGAAUUGAGAUUGAGACAACAGCCGUCUCUUAGCCAUAGUGAGGCUUAUUACUUGAUGAAAGAGGAUUAUAAUCUACAUUCGGAGGAUAGUAUGAUUUAUAGAUCACUUAAACAAGCAAAACAAAAUGUCGAGGGAUCUGAAAUUGAUCAGUAUGCUAAGCUAUGGGACUAUUGCCAUGAGCUAUUAUCCCAGAAUCCAGGUUCGACGGUGAAAAUGAGCACUAUACCACAACAAGAAGGGCCGCCAAUAUUUCACCGAUUGUAUAUAUGUUUUGAUGCUAGUAAAAGAGGGUUCAAGGAAGGCUGCAGACCUAUGAUUGGAUUGGAUGGAUGUUUUUUAAAGGGUUAUUUUGGAGGACAAUUGUUGACUGAUGUCGGCGGAGAUGCAAACAACCACAUUUUUGUCAACUCCAGGAUUAAGCCGAGGAUCACGCAAUGAAGGACCUUCUACUUAGUGCUUUUGUUUGAUUGUUGCUUAUAAUAUUUGGUUUUUUUGUAAUGAUGCAUGCUAGUUUUCUAGUAAUGAAAUUAUGGUUUAUGAUUAAUAUUGUUCUUUAGUUAACUAACUAUGGACUGUGAUUUAGUUAGUUCUUUUGAUGGAUAAUGGAUUUGUUGACUUAUGAAAUGAAUUUGAUGGAUUAUGGUUUAGUUGAUUUAUGUAAUGAAGAUUAUGGUUUAUGGUUUAAAUUAUGGUUAAGUUUGUUUUUUGGUUUUUGUUGAUUUAGCAGUAAUUUUUCAUUUGGUUUAGCAGUAAUGAAUUUGUGUUGUUACUAGGUAGUG